AUGGAAGAUCGAAAUUUCGCGGUGGGAAAUUCGUCUUCUGCAAAGUUCAAAGCGGGCGGCGGCCAAUGGCGGAGACAGUCGGUGGUUCCCGUGCUCGCCGCCCACAAGUGCUCGGGACGGCGCUAUCAGUCCCGACGUGUCGACAGCACCGGGGCUAGAAAUUCGGGGCGUCCGUUCGUCCAAGGGAUGGCUUCGCAAGAGUCGGUACCAACGUCGUCCUUGUUAGCGACGGAAGAAUCCCGCUAUCGAACUGAGGUACUCCUGCUUCAGGAAGACGAGACUGAAGAGAAUCUUGAGGAGCGGCUCGUCGCAGAAGCCUCCCAACUUGGCUUGAAAAUACCGGACAUCCACAUUGCAGCCUCGCUGGCAGCAACCAUCAAUGCCGGGUUUUUGGAUGUAUCCGUCUCAUCCGCCGGCUCCACGCGCACUCGACCGUCGCUCACCCAUCCGCACACAUUCGCGGACCUUGUUCGAUCUAGCGUCGUGUCGUUCGAUCAGCUUCCUGGUUCGUUGUCGGAAACAACGCUGUCCGAUCGCGGGCAUUCCGGCAGUAUACCGUCCAUUGACUCCUUCUCUACGCGGCCAACAUCGAUUAGUUCAUGUGAUAUCAGAAUAAUUCCGCCGUCAGCACAGCAUGAGCGCCAGUCGCAGCAUCAAAUUCCUUCUCCAUCCUCCACCUCGAGUGGGACGAGGCUGACUGAGCGGAAACGCUCUAGCUUUAUCAAUGCCCUUGGAAGGCCGUUCCGGAAACGACGCACCCCGUCCGCCGUCAACCUGCCCCCGAAUGCGCAUAUAAGUUUAAAGAAACAUGAAGCAGCAGCAGGGAGAGGAGCGGCGACCAGUACGGUUCUUGUUGAGACAAAGCCUCUUAGAUCAACCGAAGCCGAUCAUCCCGAGGGGGAAGCGCAAGGGCAAGGAGUCACUUUACAGGUUGAAGUGCCCGUGUUUGACGAAGCGGCCUUGCAGAGAAGCAUGGAUGAUGCGCAAUUAAAGAGCCUGUUUGAGAGGCAUAGAGAGGAAAGAUCGAGAUUUGUGCGUCUACAAAAUGAACUACUCGACUCGUUGAAAGAGGCGCACUUGGUAGUCAUCGCGGAGAGAAAAAGGCAAAACGCAAUAGCUGAGAAGGAGAAACAAGAGCAGAAUAAUGGAUAUAUUUCGCGAAUGGAGGAACGACAGCUUUCCGUGGAAAUCGAUCAAAUGAAAGAAUUCCAGAAAACAAAGCGAAACUCACAAACCCGCAUCAAAUAUAUGGAGGGAUACGUAAGCACCUCGAGUCCUCCACAGUCACCAGUGCUCUCGGGACGAGAAUCGAGGCCACAUUCAGCAUGCUUUGAGCCGAUACCGCGUCGUCAAUCGCAAGCCAGCUAUAGUAGUGAUGGCGGCUCUCAACAACCGCAAUAUCGAAUCGUGACUCGUCGACAAAAGGAACAAUUGGCCCAGGAGUAUCUGGACCGAGACUCGAUGGACCGGCUCCACGAAGCACGUAUCAAGGUUCUCCGCGAGCGGCAAGAGCAGCGAUUACAAGAAACGACAGCUCGCCUAGAGAGAGAAUUGGAGAUGCUCGUCCAUAAAAACGCGGAAACCAUUGGAGAGCUUGAGCGUGACCAUCAGCGCGCAGAGCAGGAGAUGCUUCGUGUCUUUGAAGCGAAAAAGCAUCGGCUCAGACGACGCUGGAAUAUCGAAGAAGCUAUUCUGCGGACAAAGCUUGAGCACCAGAAUGGCGUCCCGUAUGGUCCCUUGCCGAUUAUUUCUUUCAGUGUUCCGGAUCAUGAUGAAGAUAGUCGUGCUCUUCUUGACCGUGAUAUACCCAUUUUAAAGAACCCUUUCGCCUCCUCUUGA